CAUGAGUCAUGAGAAGAGGAAACAAUUUGUACGAAUGUGGAGGGAACCAUCUUCAUGAAUGUUCGCUUAUUUAUUUCCUUGUUUAAACUCAUCUCACGCCCAUCAAAUCGAUGUGUUACAAGUGUGAGCUGGCACUGUUCCUGCCCAUCCAGAUGUGACUACCAAGAUGAUCCAACCCCCAAAACCACCAUUUGUCUGUGUUACAAAAUUCUCCAAAGAAAGAAGAACUACGGUGCAGAGAAUGGUGGCUGCUUUCUCUGCCUCUGGAACCAGCCCUGCACUCACUACGACCUGCACUGCAUCUGCUGAAGUAUUUUGAGUUUGUGUUGCCUACUUUGAGAUGAUAAAAAGUGUCUCUGAUACAACUGAAUAUAAUGGAGGAAGAACUGAAUUAUGCAACGGUGAUUUUCAAGACUAAGGAGAAACCAAAUAACCUGGAAAUCGUCUCUGAUUAUCUGAUGACUAAGGAACAGGCAUCGGAUACAAAACCUGUCGUAGGAGAAAAUGAAAAGAAAGCUCCACUGUGUACUCUGCUUCACCUGCUGGCAGCGGGUUUGGGGAUUAUUUGUGUCAUCUUGUUGUCAGCCGUCAUCGCCCUCACUAUCCACUUGAAAACAGUCAUGUCGGAGAACGACAGAGAAAAUGUCCGUUUAAUGGCGCAGAAUCUGCUGCUGUGGAAGGAGAAGACAAACUUUGAGAGGCAGACAGAGGAGCUGACCAGACAGAGAGACGGACUCAACUGGACCAUGAGUGUCAUCCUUGAAUACGAGUACUUUCCAGUGAAUACUCACUGCCCUCAGAAAGUGUGUAAACCUUGUCUGGACGGCUGGGUGCCUUUUAAAUCAAACUGUUACCUGUUUUGGAAUUCUGAUUAUUCUUACCACUGGAGGACAUGGGAGGGAAGUCGUUCUUACUGCAGACAAAUGGACGCAGAUCUGGUGGUGAUUGAGAGCCAGGCGGAACAGGAAUUCAUCAAUAACCAUACUCAAGCCUAUGCCGAUAAAAACCAUGGCUAUUGGAUUGGCUUGAGCAACAAGAAUGCGAUGGGCACAUGGAUGUGGUUGGAUGAAAGCAACUUCACCGUGAUGUACUGGAAAACGAAAGAACGUGGCUACAGAGUGUCUUGUGCCCUGAGUCUGCCGCAUGAAGAUCCUCUGGCCAACUGGAACAAAGCAAGCUGUGACAUGAAAAACCGCUGGAUCUGUGAGACCAGAGCCUUGAUCAAACUGGAUUAGGAAUCAGUCUCAUUAUCAAUAUAGGCUAUUAUUUGAGAAAUCAAAUCAAAUUAUAUAUCUACCUUUGUUUUUGUUUUUUUUUUGUCAUGACUGAUA